AUGCGUCCUAAACCCCGUUCACUCCCUCAUGUCUUUGUGCUCUAUGCUAGCGGGCUCGUGAUGUCACUUCCCUUUCUGGUUGCUAUGUCAGAAGCUUGGAGACUGAUCAAAAGAAGCCCAGGUUUGGAAGGACUGUCGGUCUGUACAUCUGUGAGGAGGAAAAGCUUUAUACACAUUUAUGAAAAUGGCAUGUAAAUGGGUAACCCAAGAAACAUUCGAUGCCAUUGUGCAAGAGAAUAUGACAGAGUUUGAGCUGGAUCCAGAAGAAGCCCUCAAUGAAGCUAUUCAACAGUUUGAGUCUCAAGGUGUUGACUUGACUAAUAUAGUAAAAGCAGUGAAGAAACCAUGUGAUGAAAAUGAAGUUGCUUCAAAUCAUGAUAUUUUACAGACUCUGGAGUCCUUGAGAAAGUCCGUAGAGUCCUCUUCUAUAAGUAAAAUUUCUGAACUCCUUAUUAAGUUUGGGGAUCAGUGCAAGAAAGGACUGGCACAUCGUUACUUGGCUGGACAGAAAUUUGCCUAUCCAGUUAUACUAGAGACCUGGAAACUCUCAGAAGAUGAUCGUGAGGCUUUGCUGAAUGCCUUGUAUGCUAUGGCUGCCCUUACUGAUGGACAACCUGACUUGCUGGAAGCCUCUGGGCAGCAACUAUUGCUUCAGACUCUAAAGAACCAUGCAGGUGAUGCAGAGGUUACAUUACUAGGUACUCGCCUCACGCGCCAUUUAUGCUUAAAACAUGAGCAGAAUCGCCAGGGCCUAGUGAAGGCAGGGAUCUUGCCCCUCCUGACCAGGGCCAUUACAACUCAUGGAUCAGAUGCAGAUGUGGUUCGUGAGGUGUGCUCUGCUUUGAGAAUUAUGACCUUUGAUGAUGACAUCAGGGUACCCUUUGGCCAUGCCCAUGAUCAUGCAAAGAUGAUUGUUUUGGAGAACAAUGGACUGAAGUGCUUGAUUGAGACAGCAAAAGCAUUUACAGAUAAUCCUGGAGUCCUCAGCGAGCUUUGUGGUACCAUUUCCAGACUCUGUGUGCGCAACGAGUUUUGUCAAGAUGUGGUGGAUUUAGGUGGGCUUAAUUUUAUGCUGGCAUUGUUAGCUGACUGCAUUGACCACCAGGAAUUGGUAAAGCAGGUUUUAAGUGCCAUUAGAGCUAUUGCUGGCAAUGAUGACGUGAAGGAUGCGAUUGUAAAUUCUGGUGGAACAGACCUAAUUAUCUUGGCUAUGUCACGACAUCUAUCAAGUAUCCAGAUCUGUGAUCAGGGCUGUGCAGCCCUUGCUAUGCUUGCUCUGCGCAAGCCAGAGAACUGUAAAGUAAUAAUGGAAGGAGGGGGAGCGCUGGCAGCUCUUCAGGCGAUGAAGACACAUCCACAGGACACCAGUGUUCAGAAGCAAGGCUGCAUGGUAAUCAGGAACCUUGUCUCUCGAACUCAUGAUUUCUCACAGCCUAUCCUGGAAAUGGGUGCAGAGUCCCUUAUUCUCAAAGCCCGUAGUGCUCAUAAGGAUUGUGAUGAUGUGGCCAAAGCAGCCCUGAGAGAUCUUGGCUGCAAAGUGGAGCUCAAGGAACUAUGGACUGGACAAAAGGGUAGCUUAGUUCACUAGAGUUUCUUCAUAAAUAAAUCCAUUUGCAGCUUAAAGGGACAAAGGUGAUAUUGGACAGGUUAUACAGCAUUUCUGUAUCCCUUUUACAGCCAAUAAGUAAACUUUUUUUUUUUUUCCCACUGAAACAUAUAUACUACAGUUGAUGUCUGAAAUUCAAGGCACCAAAAAAAAUGUACUGACAGGAGGAAAAAGUCUUGUAAUGACAGUGUUUAACACCGAGUAUAGCAUGACCUCUUUUUCCUGUAUGUCCACAUUGUGGGUUACAUGAAUCCGUAAAGCUUCAGCAAAACAAAAUAAAUCGUCAUGCUUUUCCUAAAGAA